CAUCGCACGGUAGAGCCAUGGAUAUAUCAAGCUGUCUGCUGCUGGGUCUGGGAUUUAUUUCAAUGUCUAAUGUUGUGUUUACAAUCUGCAUCCCGCCAAAUCACUGCAUUGAUGAUAUGGAGGAGAGCGAUGUCAAAACACAAUUCGACUAUGUCCUGGGAAAAUAUGAGGAUCUGGAAAUGAAAGUGCCGGGCAAACCAGUUGGUUUGCAUGGCAAAGUGGUUACGCAUGGCGAGGCUGAGGAGCAGCACUUGGUGUUCCAGUACAUGGACAAUACACCGCAUGACAUCAUCCAGACGUGUGCGUUCGUGGUCAAGCGGACUCCCGGCGAGUGCGAGACCAUCCGGACCUAUUGCUCGGCCUUCCUGAGCCGCCUGCCACGCCCCUUGCUGGAGCGUCAGCCCAUUGCCGUUUGCGAGGAUGGGGUGCGGGUGGUGGAGGAGGAACCGGAAACGGAAGCGGAAGCGGAAGACGACCCCUAUGCGGAUGCUCAGGCUGAUCCGCAGCAGGACCAGCCGGAGACGACAACAGCCGAGCCGUCUAGCUCCAAAUUGAGGGAGUUCUACUGACCCACGUCACCGGUUGGUUUUUUAGUAUAUUAACUCUUUAACUGACAGUUCUAAAUUAAGUACAUAAGUAGGUGUCAUUUAUUUGAUUAAAUGAGAUUGAUUUAUGUGC